AUGCCCCCCGCAAGACCUGCCCCCACCCCGCCGCAGUCCAUCCGCGGCGGCCCAGUGGGGGGCCAGAGGUCGCCACUAUCACCGCCGGCGAUGCCCGCGGUGUCGUCAGCGCCUGCCGCACUUACGACCAGCACGGUGACGAUAGUUUCAUGCGGGUCCCCCGUGAUGUCCACGGGGUUCCCCGCGGGGAGGCGGGGCACACUGCCUCGUUCCCCCCACCUCCCCUCCAUCACGGAGGUGUCGCCGUGUCUGGUCGGACGGCGGAUGCGUCGAGAGGAGGAGAGGCCCUUAACACCACCCAGGGAAGAGGAGCGGCGGCAUCCGGAGGAGGUGGCGCAGGGGAGUACGGAGGGCGAGGGGGACAGUGGAGAGGAGGAUGAGCCGUGGAGAGUGCGCCUGGGGAGAAGGGCGAGGCGGCGGCUGAGCGGUGGCUCCCCCGGCGGCGGGAGUCCGGUGGCCGCGGGGCGGGGCCCGGUGCCCGGCCUUCCCCCGUUGCAAGCGCCGGCGAGCUUAAAAUCAUUGAUGAGACCGUGCACGGUCCAGGUUCAGCGGACUUUGGUCCGCGCUGUUUCAGGGGAUGAGGCGGGGGUCCCACCUCAGGGGACCAGCGUGGAGGGAGCAUCGGGAGUGCGUGCUGGACGACCUGGAGGACCAGGAGGCGUCGGUCAUCCGAGUGCUCCGGUGGGUGUCCCUGGGGUGAUGGGUCGUCGGCGGAGAGGACACGCAACCGGCUGCGUCGGAGCUAGCAGAGAGACACCGGUGGGUCCGAGGAGCAGCGGAGGCGGGAGGCACCCCCGAGGCCUGCGGCGUGUCGCCGGCCCGUCUACCCAGCCAUACGGUGGCCGGUCUGCCCCUGCGGCAGUCGCAGGACUCCGCAGACGGCGGCGAGUGGCCGCGCGCGAUGUGCUGGUUGGGCGUGCCGAGGCCGUCACCUCGAUUGCGGACCUGGAGGAGUUUGCGGCCUCGGUCGCGGCUUUCUUCGGGGAGGAGGCAUCGGGGAGGGUUGAUGGGGGUGCAUCCGGCGUCCGCGACCGUCCAGUUCGGUCGCGUGAGGCGGGAGAGCGGCGCGGCGAGGGAGGGGUGUCGGUGGGAGACGGUGGCGGUGUAAGGGGGGAAAGAGGGUCGGCACCGGCUGGCCCUCCGCAGUCGGGAGAAGGACGCGGCGGCUGGGUGCGCGAGGCUACGCGCUUGCAGGCACUGUACAGGACGAACCGACGCAAGGCGGUCAGGGAAGUAUUGCAGGGGCCCGUAGAAUUCUGCCAAGUGCCGAAGGAUCGGGUUCAUGCGUACUUCGAGCGGCUGUAUCGCGGAGGGGAGGACCUGGACGGUUCCGGCGCGGCUGAGCCCACUGACCCCUCGGUCGAUGGGGGGAGUACGCGUACCUCAUGGAUCCCUUCACGGAGCGAGAAGUGGACCGUCGGCUCCGGCGUAUGA